AUGCUCUUCAAAAGCAGCUUUCUGCUCGCGAUCGCCUCUGUCGUGGCGGAGUCCGUGACCAAAGUGAACGUUGGAGACUUCUGUGGCCAUGCAGACAAUGGAGACUAUCACCAGUGCGCAAGCUCACUUGACUGCAUGAGUGGCCAUUGCCAAAUGAAGCGUGGAGUGCUGCUACGAGGAUCAGCACCUGCACACAGUCCGGUCGCUCAUGACCCGGUCGUCCACCCGAUGGUCCACCCGGAGGUCCACCCGGUGGUCCACCCGAUGGUCCACCCGAUGGUCCACCCCAUGGUCCACCCGAUGGUUCACCCGAUGGUUCAUCCUGGCUACAGUCCGAUGAUUCCAGCAACGCAGCCCGCGAUUGCCCUGGGCGCGAAUUUCCAGAAAUGGACCAGUGACGACCCGUCGAAGUACUUGGCAGAAGGGGCACGCUGCUUCCCUGCCACGUCCAAGACAUGUGCUCCCUGGAAUGGCUGCUACAUACACCGUCGGAAUGGGUAUCAGGGCCCUCCUCAAGCAGGCGAUAUCGGAACCUGCAUGGCGCAUCUGGUGCAGAGAGGCCAGCGCUGCGGCAAGGCGGCGGCGCAGUACCACUACAUCAACGUCGGGCGAUGCCCACCGUACAUGAACUGUGUGGCAGACGCCGUCUACCGCCCAGGCAUGCUUGGCAGUGGCAGCUGCCAGCAGAACCUGGGUGGCAUGCUCCUUUCCGCAGUCGACCACUUCCACAUAGUUUGA